AUGCUGGCAGUUGAGGACGAGUCAGCAUUGAACGUUACACCUGGGCUGGCAGAGCUGUUGAAGCAGAUGCGGGCACCAAAGGAGCAGAAGAAAUACUUGAAGAGUGUAGAAAUAAUUUCAGGCGAGCGCGCGUACUUUCGGGUCCACAAGAAGAGCAUCAAGGAGACGAGAGCGGCCAUCCACUCCUUGCGCAAAGCUCUGAAGGCGCCUAGUUGGAGUAGGUGGAUCACUUUUGCUACGGCCCUGCAGAAAAUGCUUGCAGCAAUGGUUUUCAGUAUAGCGGUGAUAGUAGGUCGCCUCUACGGUGAUCAGCUGAAGAUCAAAGAGGACUACGUGCCAAACCAUCUGACGCUGAAGGAGCGGCGUCGAGGUGCUAAACCUACUAGUUAUUCUUGGUUCGGCCCGUAGAUCAUCCUCUUGUCUUGUUUUUUGGGAUCUUCUGCCUUGCUUUUUAUGAUCUUCGUAUAGUAUAGCCACGACCUGCUUACAUUAUUUGGAUGUUUUGAUCUCCACUCCACUCCCACCACCUCUGGUCUUCGUACUUUUUUGAACACUUCCAUCAUCUCACCUCCUUCAGAUGAUAACUUCACGCUUUGCACUUCCGGGCACUUUGUGCACGAACUCCGCAAGCCAGUCGACCACUAUCUGCUAUCCGAGUUGGGCGACAAAAUCAGACCUCGCGAUCAAAUUCGUCGGACGUUCCGACUUGACUGCGAGGAAGUGCGGCUUUGUUUUGAAGAUAUAGCGACAACCACAAGGCAGAUCGAGCUGAUUACGCAGCAGUCACCGCUUUCCCCGGAGCAGCUAGAGGCGGCACUAGCUGAUAACUUUAACCUCAUAUGUCGUUAG